AUGAACCCAUCCCACCCCGCCACGAAAAAUGCUUCCAACAUUAUUCCCCUUCCAAAACAUCCGAAAGUUUUGCUCAAGCUCCCCUUUGCUCCAUCGGAAUCUGCUUUGUCUCCCAAACGAGGUUUGCACAAGGCGACGUUAAUCAAGACUGCCACAGUGGUUCUUGAAAUCCCAGGCAGGGUUUGUCCCGUUUCAACCUUUACCUUUCGAUUGGAUGGUUAUCCUGCUUUGAAUCUAGCGGACCACAUCCACUUGGAUCGUGGAGAUACCAUCAAGCUCUACCUCCAAGGAGAAAAGGGGAGCUGGACUUUCAAGUCGUAUUCUCCCACAGAUACCAGCCGACCUGGUGAAAUUGACAUUACUGUCAAGCUGUAUCCGGAUGGCCAAAAUGCCAACAUGUUAAAAACCUUGAAAGUAGGCCAAGAUCAUAUUUACAUGGCCGGUCCUUGGAAGUGCAAACAGAGAUUGCCUUGUUCGCAUGCCUACUUGAUUGCCUUUGGGAUUGGGAUUACGGAAAUUUAUCCAGUCGCCAAGCAAUUGGUGAAAGAUGGCAUCCCUACUACCAUACUGUAUAUCAACCGGUAUCGUGAGGAUGUCUGUUACCGCAACGAGUUGGAUGAGAUGUCUCGAGACAAAAAGUUGUUGUUCCGAGUCAUGUACAUGUAUUCUCGAGAAGACGAUGGGGUAUCCUCCUUGGCCUCCAAUGAAUUCUCGGGUCGAUUGGAUUCCGCCACGAUCCUGCAAGAAGUCUUGGGAUUGAAGGAGAGUGGCGCGGAUGAAAAAGCGAGCACUACCUCAACUUCCUCAAAGAAUCUCCUCCCUCCUCGGUUCUUGGCCAUUGGCUCCAAACCCAUGAUGAGAAAGGCAUGGAACUGCUUGGAUGACUUGGGAUAUUCUCGAAGUCAGCACGAGUUACUUCAAUCACUCUAG